AUGGAGACGCCGUCUUCCAUGAGAAGAGUCACCAGAUCGCAGACAUCGGCGUCGAGAUCGAGAGGGGGGAAGAAGAAGCUCGAAAACCCGACGGCGCUCGUCGACAUCACCAACAGUUCUCCGAUCGUCGGACUGGCGGCGGGGAGCCUGAAGACGCCUUCCUCCGCCGGGAAGAGCAAGGCCUGGGCGGCGGCGAGGAAGACGCCGGGCUCCGGCGAGGCAAUCCUCCGCGGCCAAGUGAAGACCCUUUUGCAGAAAGUCGAAGAGGAAGAAGUGGAAGUCGUGAAACCCUCGUCGGAGCAAUGGGGCGCCCCGUUUCUAGCCCUUCUCGGCCAUCUGAGGUCUCCGGCGAGCCUCCUCGCUCCGACCCCCGCCAACACGCCUCAGAUCAUAUGCCAGGGUUCCGUUUCCCUCUCUUGCUGCUUGCAGGCGGCGGCGAAUCUCAGGGAGGAGGAAGAAACCCUUGACGUUGCAGACAGCUUGAUCAACCGGGCCCUGCUGUUCGACUCGCCGGAGGAAGACGACCGUUCUUCCGCGUGGUCGAUGCAGGUGAACGAGAGCUCCUCUCAGAGGGGUGAUGAGGAAGGAGGAGAAGAAGACGGUGAUGCUGGUCUUCUCGACGAUCUCUGCGAGGGGCUAAGAACAAUGUCGAUGGGCCAGAGGGAGCUUCCUCGGUUUACCGGGAAGCACACCAGGUUCGCUUACAACAGCGACGACGAGAUUGUGGGUGAGGAGGAGGAGGUCGGAGGCGCCGGCGAAAUUUCCCCGAGUGUUCUCCUGCUCAAGGGUCUGCCGGCGCCGAAAGGGAAGCACCUCCGCUUCCAGGAAGGGGAAGAAGAAGAAGACUGA